CAAAAUAUGGCAUGAUUCAACUAUUUGUAACCAUUUGAAUCGCGUUCAAUAAGGAACUUUUAUUUUGAAGGCGAACCGCAAAUGAAACUUUCGUGGCUAGUCUUUAUUGUGGCUAGCUUCACAUAGGUCAGAUUCCUGAUGAUAAUAACGUUGUAGAUCAGUCGCAGUUGAGAUGGACUCCUCUAUGUACCUGUAUGAUGUCCCCCCAGUUUUCAUUGAGACGUUUUGUAAGAUAAUCGACAGCGGUGAUGACAGCCUCGGAUGGCGCGGGCUCGCUGCGCGUAUUGUGCCAAGUUGGAUGGAGGUGCGACGCACUGAGAGGCUGGAGGCAAUAGGCAAGAGCCCCACGCGAGAACUCAUCUGGUCGUGGGCGCAACAGAACAAAACUGUUGGGGACCUUGUGAAUGUGUUGGAGGAUAUGGGUCACUACAGAGCUCUACAGCUCUUUAUUCCUCAAGAAACACAGUAUUCCUUCCCCAACAGUGGACCAUCAAAGAGCAGCAGGGAUAACCCCUCACCUCCUCAGUCACCUGCGUCACCCCCACCUGACAGUGAGUCAACCCAACCUGGUUGGAACCAGUCUAAUUAUCAUGUGUCUGGUGAAGGUAGAAACCACAGGCUUGUGAUCACCUACUCAGACGUCAUAGAGGGAACUAGACAUUUUCACCAGGACAUGAAGAUCUCUGAGGGCAGCUUCUCUGCUGUCUACAGAGUGGUAAAGGGAAAUGAAACCUUCGCUGUCAAGCUCUUUAAGCAGGUGCAGAAAGCCUCAUGGAGGAAGUUGUGGGAUCUAUUCAGGAGAGAGAUGGAAGUUCAUCAUCUCUACCAGCAUCCUAACAUCUUAGAGCUGUUGGGUUGUUACUCUGAUGGGGAUCGUUACUGGCUGGUAUACCCUUACCUUCCCAACGGAUCACUGUUCCACAGACUGCAUGACCAGAACGUAGUGCCUACUCUCUCAUGGCAGGAGCGUCUGGACAUCAUCAAGGGGAUGGCUAAGGCUGUACAUCACCUACACAUGGCCCAGCCCUGCACUGUGGUCUGUGGUAACAUAACAAGUUCUAACAUACUGCUGGACGAGCGGCUGCAGCCCAAGCUGUCUGAUUUUGGGACGGCCUGUCUCAGACCCCACUCUGUCAGUCAGAGCUGCACCGUUACCUUGGAUACGACCUUCGGAACCCUGGGCUACCUGCCGGAGGAAUACAUCCGAGACGGAAAGCUGUCCGUCAGUCUGGACGUGUUCAGCUUAGGAGUGGUUAUAAUGGAAAUAUUAACGGGACGGAAAGUUAGAGAGGAGACUCCUAAACACACCCUGCUGAGAGACGUCCUAAGUGGAGAGGUGGAGGACACUGGCAGUGUAGACUCCUGUCUUCAGUAUCUGGACCCGAGAGCUGGUCUUUGUCCCCACUCUAUGUCCUUUACCUUGUUGCGUCUAGCCCUGGACUGCACCUCUACACGACCACGCAACAGACCCACCAUGGAGAAUGUGUUACAGGUAUUGAGCCAGCUGCUUCCCCUGCCGUGCCCACCUGAAGAGCAGCCACACACUCUGACCGACGAGGCCCCAGCUCCCCCUGCCUCUCCUGCCCAGACGGGACAUGGCCCCAGCUCCAACCCCAGCCCCAGUGUGCCUGUGGAGGAUGAUGAGCUGCACAGUUACCCCAUUGAGAACCCACAGCCAGCUCCAGCCCAGGGAGGGCCCUGUGAGUGUAGCCAGUCAGAGGUCACCUAUCUGGGCAGUGGGGAGCGGAGCAGCCACCUGUCACGGGAGGGGGCAGGGGAAAGAGCAGGACUAGGGGCUGAUGAGGCUGACCAGAGCCUACAGACCAAUGGAGAGCCAGUGGAUCUUUACAGUAGCUGGCCAGUCCAGUGUAGCUGUUCAGCUGAGGUGGAUGGACUGGGCUGUGAGGACUGUAGAGCCAAUGGGUUUACUCCCUGCCCCUCAGACCUCCCUCAAGGUGACCUCAGCUUCUCUUCCCUCAGUAUAGUGGACAACCCUGCCAAGCAGAGAAUGAUGAAUAAGAUUGAUCUGUACAACAGAGGCCUCCUCAGAACAGAGGAACUCCUCUCUGUCUCCAUCACCACCCAGGAGUGAGAAAGCUGAUCUAGGAUCUGCUUGCCCUCCACGAAUCCUAAUCUUAACCAUUAGAGGGUAAAAACACAAAACAGACCCCAGACCAGCAUCGAGGACAACUUCACUACUUUGAAUGACACAUGCAUACAGUACAUGGCCUGCAGAGAGAGAGGGUUAACUUAUCCAUAUAUCUGACUUAGUCAUUGCUGGCCCUGGUUAAAUGGCCUGGCCCUGGUUAAAUGGCCUGGCCCUGGUUAAAUGUCCUGGCCCUGGUUAAAUGACCUGGCCCUGGUUAAAUGACCUGGCCCUGGUUAAAUGACCUGGCCCUGAUUAAAUGACCUGGCCCUGGUUAAAUGACCUGGCCCUGGUUAAAUGACCUGGCCCUGGUUAAAUGACCUGGCCCUGGUUAAAUGACCUGGCCCUGGUUAAAUUAUUUGGCCCUGGUUAAAUGACCUGGCCCUGGUUAAAUGACCUGGCCCUGGUUAAAUGACUUGGCCCUGGUUAAAUGACCUGGCCCUGGUUAAAUGACCUGGCCCUGAUUAAAUGACCUGGCCCUGGUUAAAUGACCUGGCCCUGGUUAAAUGACCUGGCCCUGGUUAAAUGACCUGGCCCUGGUUAAAUGACCUGGCCCUGGUUAAAUGACCUGGCCCUGGUUAAAUGACCUGACCCUGGUUAAAUGACCUGGCCCUGGUUAAAUGACCUGGCCCUGGUUAAAUGACCUGGCAUGGCCACUCAGCCACAGGAUACUGUAGAUGGUGUCAAAUCUCCCUUUCUCUAAAUGACUGUACGGAUCUGGGCUGGGUUUCCCAAAAAGCAUCGUAGCACUAUGAUCAUCUUUCGUCCAUUUAGUUUCAAUGGAAUUAAGAUGGUUAGUGCUACGAUGCUUUUGGGAAAUCCAGCCCUGGUAGGUGACAAGAUGUGAUGUUCAUAUGCUUGAAUGAUAGCAAUCUAUGUCCUUCAUUGACAGUAUAUUAUGCUAAAAAUAUAUAUUCUUGUAGAAAGAUAUUUAUUAUCUGCUGACAGAUUCCAUUUUAUAUUUGUUAUUUAUAAAAUUAGGAUAUGAUUUAUACAGUACUUCUAUAAUAAAAACAUUUUAUAAAGAUAAUUUAAAAUGAAAGUUCAUGCUAAAACGUUAGCGUGUAGAAACAGUGCCAGGGAAACUAAACCAAAGCAUGAAUUGCUGUCAUACCUUGUCCAUAGACUACUUACAGGGUAAGGAAACCAAUGUGUCAUUUUGUAAUUUGGGUCAACUAUCCCUUUACUUAUGUUUUGUAAGUUGACUUUACAUUUUGUCAUGCCUUUUAUUAAUAAAAUAAGAUUGACAAUG